AAGUGUUUACAUUCUGCUCGCAGCUGUCAGAAAACAGUCUAACUUCGCAGCUUGUUCCGGCUGCUUUUGCUUCAUGUCUGCUUUUAUCACGAAGAAGCUACAACGACGUCCGCUGGAUAAACAAUAACGUCACAGACGCUGUCGGCUCUCUGCUUCAUGGACUCGAGGAAGCCUUCUUCUCCCCGCUAACGUGAAGCUGUCAUGGCCGCUAACCCUCCGGGGGCAGGCUUUCAGAACAAGGCCCGGGUGGCCAUCCUGGCGGAGCUGGACAAGGAGAAGAGGCGGCUGCUGAGCGGCCCCGGAGCUAACCUCCCCCUGGCGGCCAGAGGUAGCCUGAAGGAGGCCCGGGACAGCGCGGAGCAGCAGCACAUCGCCGCCCAGCAGAAGGCCGCCCUGCAGCACGCGCACGGCCACUCAGCCGGCUUCUUCAUCACUCAGGAUUCCUCAUUCGGGAACCUCAUCCUCCCGGUGCUCCCCCGACUGGAGCCCGACGUUUGACUCUGAAACACCCGACAGACACCGAGCAGGGCCCGGGCCGGCCGGACAUCGACAACAGCUCACAUCAUUCACACGAUCACUGUUGUCAUGUUUCUCCCUUAUUUGUCCUGUAUUCAACCUGAUGAAGAUUCAUGCAUCCAGACACCUCCACUGACUGAAUAAACUAUGAAAACUGAAA